AAUGCCUCGAGGUCUGGUUGCCUUUUCAGUGUCGGCUGUUCUCCACGUUGGGAAUCACGUUUCGUCCCCUUCUGUCGCUGCCAGCCGUUCAUUCGACGCUGGAACCUCGACACGAGUCGUGCACCAUCUUUGUCCGACAAUAGUCUUUUUUUCUGUAUUCUUCGGAACCUUCGCUGGGAACAGUUGUAUUUUCCUGCACUACACGUGGAAAAUUUUUUCGGGCCGAUUCGGUUGUUGAUUUAGUAACCUUACGUUCCGGGUUCACCGACGUCGUCACGGAUGUCACAAGUCACUCGUUGGAUAUAAAGGGGACUCAUAGGAUGUCUCGAACUUAGUCGGUUUGAUACUCUUGUGGAAAUUCGUACGUGGUCGUACUCAAAUACGUUACGCGGACACGUGGCUAUGUAAACAUUCCUAGUGUAAUCGGCAGUUUAUCGAAGGCUAGUAGAUCCGACGAGCGGACCGUUUAUCACGUGCUCCUUUAAUCCCAGGUGAUCCUCAAUUACACUAUCGCGCAAGGAAGUUCUUGCUCGUUCGAACACCGACUGACCAGAAAAAUGGAGGACACACGAAGAUACGAAGAUCAUACCCUAUGUAAGACACGUUCAGCAUGCAGCCUGCGAAAACUGAGAGACAUGAUCCCGGCACGGGUGGUGCUGUACAUGCUGUCGUUUUCGGGCUUCACGGUCUCCUUCAUGAUGAGAAACGACAUAAACAUCGCCAUGGUGGCGAUGGUCAAGCAACCGUUGGCCACAACCAGCAACACCACGGUUACGGAAACGUCUCAGUAUUGUUACGCAAAGCCGAACGCAUUGGACAUCGAGAACGACACGGUUGCCUGGAACAAAGAACAAGGGGAAUUCGAAUGGAGUCCGACUAUACAGUCCACCAUCAGCGGCUCGUUCUAUUGGUCUUACAUAUUGUCCCAAGUGGUUGGUGGUGUGCUCACUCAGUAUUUUGGUACUAAAACAGUUUUCGGUGGGUCGCAGCUCAUCACAGCGAUCUGCAGUCUCCUCAUGCCGUCCGCGGCAGGAAUACAUUAUGGCUUCAUAAUCGCUUUGAGGAGUAUACAGGGCUUUGCAAGUGGGCUCACGUGGCCGGCAAUGUACGCCGUCGUCGGACCCUGGAUCCCGCCCGUCGAGCGUUCUCGUUUCAUGUCUUCCUUCCAAGGGUUCAGCUUCGGCAUCGGGAUAACCUAUCCAUUGUGCGGAUUCAUCAUCGCCCACUUCGGCUGGAGAGUUGUCUUCUACACGACCGGCACCGUCGGAAUUCUCUGGUGCCUUUUUUGGUACUUCUUCGCUUUCGACACUCCAGCCUCGCAUCCGAGAAUAUCGCAACAGGAGCUACGGUAUAUUCAAGAAAGUGUUGGGAAUCAAGUUCUUGGAACAAACGAGAAUUUGCCAGUUCCGUGGAAAUCUAUCUUAACAUCCUUGCCAGCCUGGUCGAUUGGAAUAACUACUUUCGGAAGAAUAUGGGUACAUUACGUCUUUAUUAUCUCAGGACCAAUGUACAUGAAGACAGUCCUAGGAUUCAGUAUACAAGCGAAUGGAGUGCUGUCUGGUUUACCCUUCAUCUGCAGUUAUUUCAGCUCGGUUGCAUUCUGCUACGUAGCUGAUGUCCUCGUCACAAGGCAGAUUCUCUCUCUGACCAACGUUCGCAAAUUGUUCACUGCUGCAGCCCAAGUAGUUCCUGGAAUAUUGUUAGUAUUGAUCGGUUAUCUGGGCUGCAACAUCAUUCUCGUUUUAGUAGUGUGGUUCAUAGCUGUUACCCUUAUCACUGCUGCAUAUGCGGGGGCGAUGGCAAGCAUCGUUGAUAUCGCGCCAAAUUUCGCUGGUCCGAUAUUGGCGUUUGCACAGACAAUUCACAUGACAGCGAGUUUCCUCUCCCCGAUUGCAGCUGGUCUGAUCACUCAGGAAAGUCAAGCACUCGACGCUUGGAGGCAAGUGUUCGGUGUGAGCGCGUGCGUCGCGUGUGGCACGUACGUAGUCUAUCAGAUUUUUGGCACGGGAGACAUCCAAGCGUGGAAUUAUCCCGACCAAAAGUAUCCGCAAUCCGUUCAGGAGGAUGUUCAGCCGUUGAACGAGUCUCCGCGGAAAAAUGGGAAAAUCAUGAAGAUGAGUAUUACCGAGGACGCGUAACGAACUCGUCAGCAACGAGUCGCAGGGAACGCACGAGUUGUGAUUAAGUGUUCGCAGUUAAUUAGAAAUAUUCCUCCCCAAUCUUCGACAGAGGAGACUCACUCAGCCUGUAUACAUGGGAAAUUUCUAUUUUUUCAUAAGAUCCCUGCGCCCAUGUAAAUAAUUCCCGUAGUCCUCGGCAGAGUGAAGUUCUAUAGAGAAGUCAGAGUAUGUAUCUACAUUUCGAACGUCUGCGGAUUACUUUUACGGGGAUAGACGUUACGCCUCCGUUGUCUUUUCUUGCGUUUACUGGGAAAGCACAAAUGCUCGCAGCGUUAUUUAGUUAGUUGAUUUACACGUUGAGCUCGCGCUCACUUACGUUUCUCUGUGAUCGAAAUCGUUCUGUUGUAUCGAGAACCAGACCGUUCUAAGCUAGAGAAGAUUGAUUGGUUAUUCGAAGUCAGUCCCAUCAUAGAUAUAAAAUACCUCCACCGUGGAAAUUGUAGGAGACGUAGUUUCUGAAAUAACCAAUUGAUUUUAUUCUGGUCGUAGUAGAUAAGAACAAAUAGAUCUCGUAAAAGUACUGAAGCAAUUGUUACCGAAGUAAAUGGCACUAGUUUCUGAGCUCAGAAUGAUCCGUUGAAGAGAUCAUAAAAAAAUGUUCCCGCUGGAAAUUGUUUAUCGGGCACAAGGAACUUCAAUUUUCGGAUCAGAGAAGUAAUAAAUAAUCUUCGUUUCGAUAGAAAAUAGUGCAGUCGUCUUUGUGAACACCUGCUUCUCGUUAUAGUUCGUCCGAAUGUUUUUCGAUUUAAGUUAGAAAGUAACGAAAGUUUCAAUGUGGGAUUCUUUGUAGAUUUUUGCUUUUUUCGUUGAAUAAGAAAUAUCGUUAGUCUCUAAAGGUUCUGUCUGCAACCCGGCCGAUAAUACACACUUUACGAACCGGUUAAGAUACGCCAUAUAAAAAAAAGAGAAGUUUCUAUGGAUUUCGUAUGUAUGAACUGUACUUACACCGCAUUUGCCGAACAAUAGAACGAGGGCAGUACAAUGUACAAAGCAAAAAGACAGAGAUGUUAUAUUAAACUGAUUAGUGCCUUAUAGUAGGCUCGGUUCUUUAUGAUUUUUCUAUAUGUUCGAAGAAAGAGACCUGUUGCACCCGCGUUCAACGUACUUAGUUUACUUAAUACUUACGUUCUCAUUGCGUCAUCGUUACUUUGAUCGCAGUCCCUAACAAAUGUUUCGUUCUCCCCAGACAUGUCCGCUUCUAUGUUUCUAACUUGCAACUCGAUGAUUCCAUUCGUAAGGCACGUAAGAACUAAGAGACGAUCCCACAAGUAUCGUAAUUUUCAUUAUUUUUAUACUGCUUCCGUUUUUGGAUGCGUUUAGCCGCCCAGUCCUCCUUGCUCAUUAUUUAUAAGUACUUUAAGUUGCGUACGAGUACUUAAUAGCCUGUAGAAUGCGGUUCACGGAAAUGGUAUAAGUAAUACCAUGACGUUAAAUAAUAUAAUAACUAUUCCUCGCAUUAACAUGUGUACAAAUUAGGAUUUUGCGAUGAGUUGUACACGUAGCGAGAUAAAUCAGGUGUUACUUAGGCUUUUCUUAUUUGACUCGAUAUAGUUGAAAGUUGAUUUCGUUUCGUGCAAUGUGUCUCUACGUGUACUUCUCUCUGUUCAAAUUCGAAAAUUGUAACCGGAGAGUGGUUUAUAAUAACCAAGUUUCGAAAUACUCUGGUUACUGCAAAGUACUCACAUACUUAUGUCUUCAUGCAUAUUAUCGAUGGACAAUUAAGAAACUGUUGACGGACCAUAAGUGGUUUCCAAGCAAAUUGCACCAUUUUGUAACCAAAUCUCUCUAAUGCCAGUAAUUCUAUGGCAAAAAUAAUUGAUACUUGAUAUAUAUAUAUAUGUAAAUGAAAAAUAUAUAAUUACAUAUAAUUUUAUUAA